CUUCCACCCAUGUCUCGUCGAUGUGGAGUUUCGGCCGUAGAGGAAGUAGGACCUCCUACUUCUCUCAGGCCUGUCCCUACGGGCCCCUGCAGGGCUGUGUGGAAGACCGCCGGGCCGAGACGCCAAGUCUGUCCUGGGACUGUUGCCAUGUCUGCCUCCUGAGAUGCCAGGCCGUGGGACGGAAUGGAAGCUGCCGAUGCCAAAUCCUUCUUCUGGGAGACUUUCCCCCCGCUGCCCACUUGCCGUGUGUACUGCAGCCCGGCCUAUCAGGAUGGGCACCUCUUUGUGGUGGGGGGCUGCAGUCAGCAGGCUUUCCCCCUGGACACUGCGGACAUGUUGGAUGUUGUUUCCCGGAAGUGGCUUUCGCUGCCGCCGAUGCCUACGCCUCGGGCAGGGGCCGCCGCGGCGAUGCUGGCCAAGCGGCUGAUAGUGAUCGGAGGGGUGGAUUCCGCACAGAGCCCCCUGGCGUCAGUUGAAGUCUACAACAUGGACGAGGGCAAGUGGGAGAAGAAAGCGGACCUCGCGCAGGCGUCUAUGGGCAUCUCUGCGGUUGAGAAAGAUGGUGCUGUUUACACCUUAGGUGGGAUGGGCUCAGACACAUCACCUCAAGCACUGGUGCGGUUGUAUGAGGCAGCAAAGGAUCACUGGCUGCCCCUGCCCUCUAUGCCCACGCCCUGCUAUGGGGCCUCCACUUUCUUGCACGGAAACAAGAUCUACGUGAUGGGAGGAAGGCAGGGGAAGCUGCCCGUCACGGCCUUGGAAGCCUUCGAUCUGGAAGUGAGGAGCUGGACGCGCUUCCCCAGCGUGCCCAGCCGGCGUGCCUUUGCCAGCUGUGCCAUGGUUGACGGCUGCUUCUUCAGCCUGGGAGGACUGCAGCAGCCCGGCCCCCACAACUUCUAUUCCCGGCCCCACUUUGUCAACACUGUGGAAAUGUUUGACUUGGAAGAGGGGUCCUGGAGUCGGCUGAGCCGAGCCACCCGCAUGAGGGAGAAGAGGGCUGACUUUGUGGCUGGUGGCCUGGGUGGGCGAGUGGUGGUGGCUGGCGGCCUCGGGAACCAGUCGAGUCCUCUGGGCUCCGUGGAAGGGUUUAACUUGGCAAAGAAGAAAUGGGAACCGCUGCCCUCCAUGCCCACCGGCCGCUGUUCGUGCUCCAGUUUGCAGGCGGGCAACCUGCUCUUUGUGAUCGGAGGGGUGGCGCAGGGCCCCAGCAGCACAGUGGAGGCCCUGUGCCUCCGGGACGGGGUCUGAGUGACGUGCCCUGGU